AUGCAUGAUCUUCUACAUGAUCUUGCAAUAGCAGUGACAAAGAAUGAGUGCUGCACAGUAAACUCUUUCAAGCAAAAUAUUCCUCAAGGGGUUCGACAGUUGUACAUCGACAACUUGGAUUUUCUUGAAGAAAAUCCGUCUGGGUGGUUCCUUGAUACGCAUAGGCUAUCUCAGGUACGUACAUUUUGCUACCCAGAUAUGAAAGAGGGUACUAGCAGUGACUCCUUUAUUAAAAAAUGCCUUGCAAGGUUCCAUAAUUUGCGAGUACUAAAUUUAAAAAAGUCUAGUUUUGAGGUAUUGCCAAGAAAUAUUGGUAGUUUGAAGCAUUUAAGGUAUCUUGACCUAAGAGCCUGUUCCAAUAUAAAGAAACUUCCGAAUUCCAUAUGUAAGUUACGGAGUUUGGAAACUCUGCUUAUCGGUGGUGAAAGAAUUGAAGAAUUGCCCAAAGAUAUGAGAUAUAUGAUCAGUCUCAGAAUGUUAGAAGUAAAUACGAGACAGAGGGUUCUAUCUGGGAAUGGCUUUGAGCACUUGCAAUCUCUUCUGGUUUUGAUAAUUACAAAAUGUGAAAAUUUAGAAUAUUUGUUUGAAGGGAUUCAGAACCUCACAUCCCUUCAUACCUUGCUGAUUGAUGAAUGCAAAAACUUGAUCUCACUACCGCAUGGUUUGAAAUCUUCAACCCAAUUAAAAAUUUUGAUAAUUAUGGAUUGUGAAAAGCUUGAUCUUAAUAUGACAUUGGGAUUGGAAGGGAGAGAAAAAGAAGAUAAUGAUAAUCAAGAUUACCUUGUUGGCAGUGGGUUACGCCUUCAAACGUUGCUCAUUGUAGGGUUACCAAAGUUGGAGGCACUACCCCAAUGGCUUCUUUUAACAUCUGCUGACACCUUGCAAGUAUUGGGGCUUGGAGAAUGUGAGAAUCUCACAGCGUUAUCAGUGAAACAGGAUCUCACAUCACUUGAAAUGUUAUGGAUUAAGGACUGCCCAAAGUUGUCAUCGCUGCCAGAGCGAAUGCCACGCGUCAAUGAAUUGAGAAUCCAAGGAAUUCCUAUUGUGGGAGAAAGAUGCAAACCGGAAAUGGGGGAGGAUUAG